AUGGCGUUUCAUUAUGCACAGAGAUUCACGCUCUGGCGCCGCAACAAGCAGAAGACGGACGGCCUCCGCGCCGCCUUCGGCAUCUCCAGCGACUACGUGGACGGCUCGUCCUUCCACGCCGACCGCAAGGAGAGAGAGAAGGAGAAGAAGGAGCAGGAGCGGCUGGAGAGGGAGAGGCAGCAGAAAUACACCCUGGUGGAGGAUUCCGAUCAUUCUGAUUCUCCUCCCAAGAAGCGCAGUCGGAAGAAGAAAAAGAAAAACAAGAAUAGAGACGGCUCAGAGAGUCCGUCCCCGUCUCCCCGACGAGAGAAGAAGAAAUCCAAAAAGAAGAAGAAGAAAAGUGGGAUGUCCGAGGAGGAAGGAGGAGAAAGCUCUUCAGAUGAGAAGCAGACGUCAAAGAAGAAAACCAAGAAGAAUCAAAGUCCUCCGGUGCGACACAGAGGCGCCUCCUCCAGCUCCGCCGACAGCCCGUCUCCGGCGCCGCUGAGAUCACGGCAACCGGACCAGACUGUGAGGACCGCUGAUGAGGGGAGAAAGGGGAGAUCCCCAGAGAGGAGGCGACCCGGUCAGGGAGGAGAAGGGAAGAGGUCCGACCAUGGGAGAGAAAAGGAGACGCAGGGUGACGUGGAGAAGACCUCCAAGAGGAGACAUGACUCCUCGUCCCCUUCCCCACCUCCGCAGGCAGAAAAAAACAAGGAGAGGGAGAAAGGGAGGCGAUCCAGGAGCAGGGAGGUGGAGAAAGGGAGGCGAUCCAGGAGCAGGGAGGUGGUCAAAGGGAGGCGAUCCAGGAGCAGGGAGGUGGAGAAAGGGAGGCGAUCCUGGAGCAGGGAGGUGGUCAAAGGGAGGAGAUCCAAGAGCAGGGAGGUGGAGAAAGGGAGGCGAUCCAGGAGCAGGGAGGUGGUCAAAGGGAGGCGAUCCAGGAGCAGAGAAAAGAGGGAGAAAGGGAAGGAGAGUGCUCCUCAGAGGGCCAGGCAUGACUCAUCAUCUUCCCGUUCUCCUUCUCCUCCUCCUCCUCCCCCCUUAAAACCGGAGAUGAGGGAGAGGAGCAGAGACACUGCGCGGGAAAAAGACAGGAAUAAACUGGACAAAAAGAGACGUGACUCUUCAUCCCCCUCGCCUCCCCCUGUGAAGGAGAGGAGAGAGAGGAGCGCAGAGAGGGAGAGGAGGACUGAGAGAGCUCCGAACUCCAGGCAGACCAAUGAAACCAGGAGAGACGCUGGUAAGAGGCUGGAGAAAGCGGCGUCUCCUACCAGGAGGAGGGACAGAGGACGGUCCUCACCUGUCUCCAAUGGCUGCCAGCGGGGGAAGGAGGGCGAGAGCGUUAAGGAGAAGGAGCGGCCUCCCAACAUGCAGCGGGAACAAGAGGGCGGCAGGAAGAGAGACGAGGAGGUCCGCUCGACGGCAGAGAGCAGGAGAGGCGCUGGGAAAGGAGACGAGAAGACGAGCCUCGUGAGGAAGGAGAAACGCCGGGAUGACAAGGAGAAAGGGGGGAGCGGCAGCAGCAGCGGCAGCAGUAGUAGCGGCAGUAGCAGCAGCAGCAGCGGUAGUGACAGCGAUAGCUCCUCCUCCUCCUCCUCCUCUUCAUCGUCCUCUGAAGAUGAGGGCAAGGCGAAGAAGGAGAAAAGCGCCCCGGCUGCCGUUAGCGCUGCAGUAGAAAGGUAUUUGGCAAACGGUCGGAAAGAGAGCCCGGCGUCUGCUCGCGAGGGGGCGGGGCCUCCACCCAGCCAGGGGAGGAGAGAAGGUGGAGGAGACAAACGGGAGAAGCAGAGACCGCCUGCCGAGAGCAACAAAGGCCAGGAGCGCUACAGCCCCACACAGAUGGACAGCCCCAGUCCUCCCCCGUCCGGCAGAGCGCAGCCCGCCAGGUCCUCCCCCUCGGAGGCCCGAGCCGACAGAACCAGGGGGGCCGGGGAAAGGGAGAGGAGGGGGGACAGGGACACAGCCAGGAGGCCUGCAAGGACCAGCCCCUCAGCCAGGAGGUCACGCUCUCCCUCCCCAAAACACACCACGUCCUCCCCCCCACGUCGGACCCCUCCCCGGCAGUAUCAGGAACCCCCGCCCAGAUCCAGGAGAGCUUCUCCCCCUCCAGACAGGCAGAGAGAGCGGGAGAGGGAGCGGGAGAGGGAGCGGGACAGGGAGCGGGAACGGGACAGAGAGAGGGACAGAGAGAGGGAGAGGGAGCGGGAACGGGACAGGGAGAGGGAGCGGGAACGGGACAGGGAGAGGGAGCGGGACAGGGAGCGGGUUACCGGUAGAGGUCGGUCCAGAAGCCCCAGAAGGCGCAACAGGUCGAGGUCGAGAAGUCCAAGGAGACCAAGCCCCCCCAACAGGCCGCGGCGCUCCGCCUCCCCACAGCGGCGUCGGAGGAGCAGUCGCUCAGUCUCCAGAGAGCCGGCGAGAGGAAGGGAAGCCGAGAGGAUCAGGCCGAGGGAGCAAGAGAGACCACGGGUGAAGGAGCCCCUCCUCCCCAAAGAAGAUCCCCAGCCCCACAGGUCCUCCUCGUCCUCCUCGUCCUCCUCCGGCUCCUCCUCCUCCUCCUCUUCCUCUUCGUCCUCGCCUUCCCCGCAGCGAACGAAGGAGGCCAAAGCACCGGCAGAGAGCGAGGAGGAGAAGGAGGACGGAGGGCAGAAAGGCGGUCCUCCCAGAGACUCCUCCCACAACCCGUCCUCAGGUAGCAGAAGCUCCCAGUUGGACUCCAGGCGCUCCGACGCCCCCCCCAGAAAGUCUCCUCCAGACACCAAGCCGCCCCCACGCGGUCCUAGCGGGAAGGGGUCGCCAGGGACGACCCCCCCGCCUCCGCAACCACCGGCGAGGAGCGAGGGCGCCGUGAACGGAAAGGAGGAGAGUGGCAACAAGAAGGCCAACCAGAGCAGCAGCAGCAGCAGCAGCAGCUCCUCCUCUUCCUCCUCCUCUUCCUCUUCCUCCUCGUCGUCCUCCUCGUCCUCCUCCUCAGACAACUCCGACUCCGAAGAGGAGCAAGGGAAAGGGACGAUCAAAGCUCAGAGUUCUGCUUCGUCAUCGGAGAAUGAAAAGGAAACCAGCAAGAAGAGCCCCGCCCCCCCUCAGAGGGUUCCCGCUGAUUCCCUGAGGGACUCCCGCUCACUCAGCUACUCUCCCCCGAAGUACCUGAGGGCAGCGCCGGCCUCGCCGAGCCGCAGGAGCGGCGGCAGAGGGUCACCGAGCCGCUCGGCGGGCAGCAGGCGGAGGAAAUGAGGCGCGCCCCCCCCCCCGGUAACGUGGACCUCACAGCCGCGGGUCAGUAGAUGAAACCUCCGCGUGGCGGCUCACAACCAAAACGAGUCCCCGAAACAUUCACUCAUCAUGUGUGUGUGUCUAACAGACGCACACACAGAUAAGCAAAGUGUUUCUCCAACGAUGUUCCUGCGUACUUGUACUGUUUGUUGCGUUCGACCUGUAGAUAUGAGCGGCCUGUAUUUUGGUUAUUAUCCUGUAACGGGUUCAACUUUCCAUUCGAUGUGAGCAGAAUAUGAAAUGUGAUGAUUUUUUUUUUUUUUUUUUUUGUUGGUUGUUAUUAAAAUGGUUAAUAAAAGACAAUUGUACAUUUUA